GUCCAGUCACAGAACAACAGGCAGCCGCCCGAACUAAGCUGCUCGCGCUGACACACACACACACACGCUCGCCUGACUCUCAACAACAACAACAACAACAACAACAGCGCCAUUUUCCGCGCAGGAGGAGGCGGGGACGCUGCUGUCUCCCGCGGUCCUCAGCGCAGCAAGAAGUAGGUCAACCAGCGAUAUCGGCGAGACGUGCGCACCCAGACUCCCGAGAAAACAACACAUAACGACAGAAAUCCACCCUCGCUCGUCUCCAAUGCGCGAGCUCUGCGCCGCUCGGAUGUGUUCAGCUUCCGGUCCUGGUUGACGUUCAGACGAGUUUUCAGGAUUUUGCUUAUUUUUCACAGUUCGCGCGCGAGCUGAGUGGAGAUAACACGAGCAACGCGCAAAACAGCUCUCUCAGGCCCCCAAGAAUGAAAAGGUUGAGCAGAGACCGCGAGGACAGCCCCUCAUCCUGCGAGGGGCCGGCGGACUCCUGCAAGAGGGUCAGACAGCCCGCCGAAGACCCUGGAGAUCUGCUGUCCAACUGGGCUCGACUGCCACAGGAGAUCCUGCUCCACAUCUUCCAGUACCUGCCUCUCCUCGAUCGCGCCUUCGCCUCGCUGGUCUGCCGCGGCUGGAAUGAGGCCUUCCACAUGCCCGAGCUGUGGAGGUGCUUUGAGUUUGAGCUCAACCAGCCUGCCAGCUCUUACCUGAAGGCCACUCAUCCUGACCUAAUAAAGCAAAUCAUAAAGAGGCACUCCAAUCAUUUACAGUACGUCAGCUUCAAGGUGGACAGCAGUACAGAGUCAGCGGAGGCUGCGUGUAACAUCCUGUCUCAGCUGGUCAACUGCUCUCUGAAGACUCUGGGGCUGAUCUCCACUGCACGGCCGAGCUUCAUGGAGCUGCCGAAGUCGCACUUCAUCUCAGCACUAACCGUGGUGUUUGUCAACUCCAAGUCUCUUUCGUCUCUGAAAAUUGACGACACGCCAGUAGAUGAUCCUUCGCUCAAGGUCCUGGUGGCCAACAACAGUGACACACUCAAGCUGUUAAAGAUGAGCAGCUGCCCACAUGUUUCUCCUGCAGGUAUUCUGUGCGUCGCUGAUCAGUGUCACGGUCUGAGAGAGCUGGCUCUGAACUAUCACUUAUUGAGCGACGAGCUGCUGCUGGCGCUGUCCUCCGAGAAGCACGUGCACCUCGAGCAUCUGCGCAUAGACGUGGUGAGCGAGAACCCCGGCCAGCAGUUCCACACCAUCAAGAAGAGCAGCUGGGACGCCAUGGUGCGCCAUUCGCCCAAAUUCAGCCUGGUCAUGUACUUCUUCCUAUACGAGGACGAGUUCGGGCCCUUUUUCCGCGACGAGAUCCCCGUUACGCACCUCUACUUCGGCCGCUCGGUCAGCAAAGAGGUCCUGGGCCGCGUGGGCAUGAACUGUCCGCGUCUGGUGGAGCUGGUGGUGUGUGCCAACGGUCUGCGGCCGCUGGACGAGGAGCUGAUUCGUAUCGCAGAGCGCUGCCAGCACCUGUCGGCCAUCGGACUGGGCGAGUGCGAGGUCUCCUGCAGCGCUUUCGUGGAGUUCGUGAAGAUGUGUGGCCGCCGUCUCUCUCAGCUCUCCAUCAUGGAGGAGGUGCUCAUCCCAGACCACAAAUACAGCCUGGAUGAGAUCCAUUGGGAAGUGUCCAAGCACCUCGGGCGCGUCUGGUUUCCAGAUAUGAUGCCCACCUGGUGAAAUGUUCAUCUGUUGUGUUCAGAAGACCACAGAAAGUAAUCAGACUGGGACACCUGUAAGCCUUCGGUAAUAUGGACUCGAUGGCUUUUUGUGUGAGUUUCACAGUUGGUUUGAUUUGAGAUGUAUAUUCCCACACUGCUAUAAUGAGUGUGAACUGUUGUAAAGGGAUAGUUCACGCAGAAAUGAACAUGUUGUCAUCAUUUACUCACCCUUGAGUCCUUU